CUCAGAUCAAAGCCAGCAGGAAACCAAGAAGCACAUAACUCAGACAAAAAACGGAGAGAAAGUUGAACCCCCUUUAAAAGCGGCUUCUGAAAUUUACCAUUCACAAUGUUAAUGAGGUCUCACUCUGAGAGAAAAGCCCUCCCUGGCUUCUCAGCCUUACUGACGCUCAGCACUCCAAAAGAGAGAGAUGUGACCUUCUCAUCUCCCAUGUACUUUACCCCACGGGACUCCAUCUUUACACCACAAUCUCCUACUUUAUCGCCUCCUUGGGUGACAGAGGCUCUUUCAACACUGGAGAAAGGAGAACAAGAACUUCACAUUCUAAGAGAGCGACAGCAAACCGAAGUGGAGGAGGUGAACCGUGAAGUGGACAAUGCAGUGAUUGGAGCUCAGCGAGAGGAGCGACGCCUUCUUGAAAAGGUGGAACAGGACUACAGGGAAGCCCAGCGACACCUUAGUCAAGUGAAGAGAGAAAACUCUGCAGCUGUGAGAGUUGUGCAGUCACUUGUUGAUCAGCAAAUUCGUAAAAUUGCACAGCUGAAGGAGCAGAUUCAGAGAUGGGGUUUUAUGGCUGAUGGAUCAAACAAAAAUCAGCUUCAAAGAGGUGUAGUAGAGCUUACACAACCAUGGGAAAUCUCUCUAACCUUGAAGAGGGUCACUUUUCUUUCAAGCUCCCUGUAUAAGACGUUAAAUUUUGGGGAGAUUGAUAUUCGUGAACAGGGUAUGACCUACCACAUUGGAGUCUGUGGUGACCAGGGACACAAAUGUGCCUUGCACUCUGGUGAUACAAAGUUCUCAAACAUAAAUCCUCGUGAAAUUCGAAAGGAACCCCAACCAAACAGAGGAGGGCAAAGGAGCAGUCCAGUGGAGAACAUCAGGACAAACAGUGGGAAUUUUCGUGUUGUCCGGAAACUACAGCUGUCAAGCUCCACAGAGAACGAGGAUGAGCCUAAAUCAACAAAGUCACCAAUUCAAAGACAUCGUGAGGUAUCAGAAUCUUCACAGGAUGAAGAGGUGGAAUCUGUCUGCUCAGACACACAAGGGCAAGAUCUUUUUCUUGCUAUUCCAUCUGUCUCCAGUCAAGCAGAAUCAGAAGGUGAUGAGUCUGAUUGCAGACAUAAGGAAACAAAGAGACGCAACACAGUGAAAGGUAAAAGAAGGCAAAAAGCCCUUGUUAUGGUCUCAUGUGAAGAACCAUCAUGCCCUCUCGGAGAAAGUGAUGACAAAAGAAGCACUGCGGCAACAUUUUCAAAGGCUAGAUGCAAGGGUUCAGACUCCAGACACAAUCUUGUAGAAGCUUCUACAAAACAUCAUGCUCUUUCACAACAAAGCCUUUCGAAGAAGAACACCUUAAAGGAAACAGCAGUGGACAGUGGAAGUCCUUCAUCCCCAGUUGAUAGUGAAGAUUCCUGCCACACAUACACUGUAGAUACUCUAUGGGACGGAUCUCUUAAGCAGGACCACUGCUGCUCAAUCUCCACCACUGACCUUUCUAGAAAGGAACAUCUUUUGAUAAACGAUGACAAGACUGAGUGCAGAAAACUAAGAAGAGUCAAUAGAAUGCGUCUCACCUCAGAACCUUCAGCAUUUGAACAAUGCCAAGGAAACUUCACAGAGUCUAACAAGAGCAUCAUCACCCCUAAAAGACAAUCAAGAUCUCAAACUCGGGGUACGCAUAGUUUAAGUGUAAACCGUGUUGGCAGAUCUCUGUCCAUGUCAGCCAUCGAUGGUGAUAAAAUAAGUCAAGACAGAGACUUGAUAUUAUGCAGCAAGGACAACAAAGAUGCAGCUGAAAUACCUUUUUGGGAAUCGGAGGAGGGCAUUGGUUUAGCUGCCUUGGACUCAGCUCUUCUGGUCAAACAGUUUGGUAAACAAGGAUCAGGCCGAGCUGACUUCAAUCUGCCAAGUGGCGUCCAUGCAACUGCCAGAGGGCAGCUCUUUGUGGUGGAUUGUGGUAAUGCCCGAAUCCAAGUGACAGAUCUCCAGAAGAACAUUGUGCAGCAAGUCUCUCCUUCAGGAUCGGAUAGAUCUUCCCGCAUCUGCAACUAUUUUGAUGUGGCUGUAAAUUCAAAAGGCCUCAUUGCCUUGACCUGUGCCGCUGAACGGGCAUUGUUGUUGUUCAGCCGCCAUGGACGCCUUCUGCAAACAUUUGGUGGCACUGUGACUGGUUCCACAAAUGAAGAGCUGGAUGCUCCAAGAGGGGUCACUGUUACAUGUCAAGAUGAAUUUGUAGUUGCUGACAUCAAGCGUGGCACCUUAACUGCUUUAAAGUUGGACCCCAAAACUGGGGCAAGGUUAGAACGUACAGUUGUAACCGGGUAUCACCGACCUUAUUUGGUAGCAGCCUGUCUCACCACUGGCCUUAUGGCAGUGUCAGAAAGAGGCAAUGAAACUGGUCGUGUUCCAUGCAUUCGAGUCCUGGAACCCGGCUGGAACACUAUCAGAAUCCUUGGGGUGUGCUCUGGCCUGGGUCCUGUCCUGACCUGCCCCUGGGGCCUUUGUAUAGACCAUGAUGGGGACGUCUUAGUGGCAGACUGGGGAAAGAAACACCACCGUGUACUCAUCUACCCAUCGAAAGGUGUGGGCUGGCCUCUUGUGACAGACAACCUCAAUAGCCCACGGGGGCUGGCGCUUCUCCCCGACGGCCAUAUGGUUGUAUCAGACAGCAUGAAUCACUGCAUUAAGAUCUAUCGCUACAAAUGAACUGCAGAAGGUGGACAUUUUUUAAAAAUAUGUGUCACACAGACUGGUGUUGAUGGUUAAAUCUGUGGGUUGGUGAAUUUUUCUCUUCAUUAUUUGGUUGUUCAAUACCUAAAGGGUCAUCUUUCACAAAUGUCUCCCAAAAACCUUGCAUAUACCAGAAACGAGGACAUUUAAUACCAGUGCUGACAACUGUAGGUUUAAAGUUGAUCUCUGAAUAUUUCUUUAAAACAUACUUUACUCCAAGGAAACUAACCAGAUUUAGAAUGUGAAGUACCAGAUCGGUUUGUUUACAAGGAUCAAGGGUUUCUUAUUUGAAGUUGAAUUAAUGCUCUAUUGGUAAUCCUUUAUGAUUAAGCUGUAAACAUUACAACUUUAGUAUUGCUUGCACCCUGUUGUAAUGUUUUGUAAAGUUCUGUACUUUAAAGUAAUGCAUCUCUUUUUAAUCUUAAAAUUAACUAUAAAGAUGAUUUUUAUGUAGUUUCAGUUGUAAUGUAAUGAAUAUUAUUAAAAUGGAUUUAAUCAUCUGUGUUUGUUAAUUAUUUCGAUAAUCAGACCAUAAAGUCAUUUUACUGACAUUUCCUAUUGGUUUCUUCAUGUCCCAAAUCUUGACUUGACCAAAAAGGAAAAGUCUGUAAAAUAUUAACUAAGCUGAUCAGAUAGUUUCUUUGCCAGUUGCAUGAAAUGGUCACUGGAAUA